AUGCCCACAUUCUACAACCUUCCUACCGAGGUCCGCCUCAUGGUUUAUAGUCUCCUCCCGCUCGACGACGAAUUUGUCUUCGACAUGAAAGAGAUCGAGGAGUCAGGCGAAGUUGAAGAAAAAGACCCCCCAUAUGCUGGCCUCUACACCUUCGACCCCGAUUUCAGAGCAUUUGCCAGCUUCGAUUACCUGAUGCAAUUCGAAGCCAUUGUCGUGCGUGGCGGAGUCGAGGAUAUUGUCCAAUUCGACCCUGAAAUCGGCUACUUCAAACGCAACAACAUAACCCAUUUCGGAAAGUUCUCCUGCGACUACGAGACGGGCGACGUCUACGACGGUAUUGGGGCUUCCUUCGCUAGAGGAAGAAUUGAAGUCUCCAUCGACCACCGUCGCAUUGUCACUGUUACUGGUGAUGCAGAAUGUGACGAUACUUCCUAUGAUGAGACCAAUUGGCAGUGGUUUCAGACUUUCAGAACCGAGAUCGAGAACUGGGUCCGCAACGACGCUGUCCGUCUCAUCAGCUGGCAACUCAUGGAUCACAUCAACACACAGCUCGAAGAUGAGAUCGAGGACAUGCGCGCCCGCUCGGGAGAUGAUGAGGAGUCUGAGGACGAGGAUGACGAGACCGAGGCUCAGGACGAUGAAUCCGAGGACGAAGAUCAGGUUGAGGAGAGUGAGGAUGACAGCGAUGAGCAGGACAGCGAGUCGGGCAUGUCCAACGACGAGGACGAGGCAUGA